AUGCUGUGUACCAUUGAACUGGCAAUCAGCGUUGAGCAAGUCAAUCGGCAACCCCUUUUAAGUCGAAAAAGUAAUAUAUUUCGGUUGUAAAUCAUGGCAUUUACAUUUGUCGCAUUUUGCUACUUACUGGCGAUGCUACUAGCAGCCGUACUGAUAUUUUUCGCGAUAUUUCACAUAAUUGCAUUUGAUGAACUGAAGACGGACUACAAGAACCCAAUUGAUCAGUGCAACAGUCUGAAUCCGCUUGUGCUACCGGAGUACAUUGUCCACAUCUUCUACAAUGUGUUGUUCCUUGCGGCGUUGCAGUUUGGGACGCUUGUCUUCAACAUCCCCCUCAUUGCCUACCAUAUCUACAGAUAUGCCAACCGGCCAGUCAUGAGCUCCCCGGGCCUGUAUGAUCCCACGACGAUUAUGAACGCCGACGUCCUGUCACGGUGUAUGAGGGAAGGGUGGAUUAAACUAGCCUUCUAUCUCAUCUCCUUCUUUUACUAUCUUUACAGCAUGAUCUACGUGUUGGUUUCAUCAACAUAAAAAAAAACUACACCAGAAAGGUCAGGAGAGCCAGCUGAAUUGAGGGAUUGUUUUUCUAUUUUAGGUAAAAAUAAAUAGCUUAAUCGGAGUUUGUAUCUUUUAUUUGUAAGUGUGUGUUUUGUGGAAAAAUGCCAAACCAUCUUAAGUUGUAUUCAUUUUGUUUUUCUUGUUGGGUUUCAAAGAAACAUCAUGAUGUGAAAAUUUGUAUUUUACAGUCUUUCACUGACUAAAUAAAUAAGAAGAUUUUUUUCAAGUGGCAUGUUUGUUGUAUAAAAAAAAAACAUGCGAAGAGUUAUCCUUGCUUAUCUCAGAUCCUGAAAACCCAACAGGAGGGUGGUGUAGACUUUGGCAGGAUUGAUGAAGGUAGACCCUGUGGGGUUUUAUGAAUUUAGAACAUUUGUAUUUUAAUACAAUAAAAAAAACAUUUGUUUUUUGGAAGAUUUGGUCUAGGUAGUUA